ACGACGAAGACCUCGACGUAGAACCUCGCGAUGAUUCAAGGAGGAGGGGAGUGUCAAAUUCCAAGACUAGAGAAGAGGAGAGAGGGAGAGAGAGAGGGGCGCAACGUUACAUUGCAAACUCUUUGCAAAGAUGGGGGACGACCGACCUUUUGUGUGCAACGCUCCGGGCUGUGGACAGAGGUUUACCAACGAGGACCACCUGGCUGUACACAAACACAAACAUGAGAUGAGUCUGAAGUUUGCCCCUGCCAGGACUGACUCUGUCAUUAUCCAAGGUACUGGUUCUCCUAACCAGACCCCUACUCCCACUCGCUUCCUGAAGAACUGCGAGGAGGUGGGGCUGUUCAACGAGCUGGCUAGCUCCUUCGCUGAGGAGUUCAGGAAGGCCCAGGAGGAUGACGACAAGCGGGCCAAGAACCCUCUCCCUGCCCCGAACAGGGAGGUGGCCCUGGACAUGAGCCUGCAGACGCCUUCAGCAGAAGCCGUCAAGGUGAAGGAGGAGACGCCUGUUGAGGUUGACUCCUCCCCACCAGGAAGUCCAGAUUCCUUUUCCAGCAUGUCAGACAGUAGCAGGGACACCAUGGUGAGAAGAGGAAAGGACACUCCCCCGAGGCCAGCGCUGAGUUCGGCCCCCACCCCCACAAUCAUGAGGCCAGGCGCCCUCCCGGUGCGGCCCAGACCAGGCUCUCUGCCCCUCCACCUGGGCUUCGACGCCCUGCAGCCCACCAUGCCUUCACCCACCUCUGUCAUCACACCCACCCCACCAUCCAACCGCACCGUAUUGGGCUCUCCCACAGGCCACUACCCCAUGAUGAUGCACCUUCCCAACGGGCUCCUCCCUGGACCCAUGCAGAUAGCCUCUGUCAUAUCUCUGGCCCGGCCCAUGCACAUGGUGCCCAACAUUCCCGGCAUCCCUGGUCCUCCUCUGGGAGGUGGCAGCAGCGGCUCCAACUCCCCCUCGGGGUACACCACACACUCUGAGGCCAAAAUGAGGCUGAAGGCAGCGCUGGCCCAGCAGAGUUCAGGAGGUCAUGGUAUGGGAGGUAUGGCCGGCAGCCCCAUGCACCCCCAGAGGAUGGAACAGAGCCAGUUACUGGUGCAGCACCCUGACGCACCCUCCCCAGCACAGCCACAGGUGUCUCCAGCCCAGCCUACUGGUGGUCGGCGGCGACGUGCGGCGGAGGACGACCCGGACGACCGUCGACAGCGUUUCCUGGAGAGGAACCGGGCGGCCGCCUCGCGUUGCCGACAGAAACGCAAAGUCUGGGUCAACUCCCUGGAGAAGAAGGCAGAGGAGCUAGUCUCCAUGAACGUCUCGCUGGCGAAUGAAGUGUCUCUCCUGAGGAAUGAGGUGGCUCAUCUCAAACAGCUACUGCUGGCUCACAAGGACUGCCCUGUCACCACUCUACAGAAGAAGAUUGCCUACAUGGGAGAGGACAGUCCUAUGAGAGACAUGUCGGAGCCCACCGGCUCCCCAGCCCCUGUCAUCCAACACAGCUCCCUGCCCAGCCCCUCUCCCUCCUCGGGCCCCAACGGCAUGGGCGCCCGGGCGGCUGCCGAGGCCAUGGCCAUGUCCGUGCUGGCUGGGAUGGGUCAACACCAGCAGCGGAGAGGAGAAAGGGAUGGAGGGAGAGAUGAGAGGGAUGGAGGGAGAGACGGGAGGGAUGGUCCCUCCUCUCACGUCAUCAUGGCUACACAGUCGCACCACUCUGCCAGAUGAUGAGCGUAUCACACAUCACGGCCCGGGACUCUACGGCGACACCACCCCACACGGGCAGGAGGAGAGUGGAGGAGAUAGUUAAAAAUAUAUAUAUAUAUACAUAUAAAAAAUAUAUAAAAAAUAACUCCUCUCUUCUUAGGUGACCAGAAGAGUAGGAAGGAAACGUUGUCUUACAUCAGAUAGCGUGACAAUUCUGCCUCCGAGCAUUGCGUAGGAGUGACGCGACCUGACGUAAGACAAUGGGAGGAGGAGGGACACCCGAAGAAAUAAUAUCUUCCUACUAAAAUGAAACAAACUCCUCCUCCUCUUUCCCCCUGCUGUGGUUGCCAUUUCGUGUCAGCCAUUUUGUCUCAUGCCUGGAGCCUUGCUGGAGCUCAGCAACAACAGCCUUCUGGGAAUGGACUGGGACAAUAAGAGAGAAAGAGCUUCAUGUUCUGUUCACUAUGCCAUAGACAACAUACAGGGGCUGGACUCCACACCCCUUGACCCCCCCCCCCAAAAAAAAAAUCACCCUACAACCCUCUCGCCUCACCCUCAAGCACUUAUGAACUUUACUGAACUGUAGGACUGCAUAGCAUCUUCCUGAGGGUGGUAAUGGUCGUUGUGAUAAACUCAUCACUCAGACUAGACUUUAGUUAACAAAUACAGGUAACACACGGUCAAACUCACAACACACGUGCACAUACUAGACAUACAUAUACACUCAACGUAAACAUUGCAUUGAUUCACAUUUGUUGUUGAUCACGUGAGAUACCAAAACACUGAGCACUGCAGGGGUCCAUAUUAUUGUAAGAAGGGAUUGUGGCCUUGCUCUCCUGCACAUGUUGACAUGUUUUAUUCACACACACAAAGAUGAUUGACGCUCCGAAUCCAAAGAUGCAUUGGUUUUUUUAUACUUUCAUUGUCAAGAUGGUCGGAUCCAAUAUUUAAAAAUUUGGUCUGUUUUCCUGAAUCCCUAAUAGUUUAAGUGGUUUCAUUUUGAGCACCUGUGUCAGUCGUUCACAAAAGUGGACCUCAUUUAUAGCCUUUUAUGAUACGUUUUAAUAAACUGUGUGUGUUUUUAUGUACAGCAGAAAAUAGCAAUUUGUUGUUUCAAUAUCUGAUACACUAAGAUCCGGUUUGGUAGCAUGUGACAUAUUGUUUAAUUAGCAUUUUAGUUGUGUUCCUGUGCAGCUUUCAUUACGUUAACGGCACAUUUAUUUGCAGCUUGGUCCAUAGCGAACCAAAUGGUGUCUUUGGUUGUCACUGAAGCCGUGCGACAGAAACGGAAAGCUAAAAGUAAUAGAUUCACUGUACACCGUCAUUUCUAAAUGACUUAUACACUUAUUAUACACAGACAUUUUUUCCAGACUACUUCCCCUCUCCUCUGUAACCAUUUCCUCUUUCCCAUGCAAUGUUUGUAUGUAUUAGUUUCUAAACGUUUACCAUCUUUUAUGACAUCUUAGCUGGCAGAAAGCUUUUCUUCUAAUGGUUGUCUGGCUGUCUAUCUGGCCUUUCUCUUGUCUUUUUUGUGGUACUGUAGUAGUUCAUCCUUGCUGCUUUCUGGAGUGGAAUGUGCUGCGCUUUAGUCUCUCUAGGUCGUGUUCAUUAGACACCAAACGGAACAAAAAUGGACUGAAACGAUGAGGAACUACCUGGAUCUGUCCAAUAAGAAAUGCUUCUUUUUGUUUGCCAUUACAAAACGUUCUGGAAUGUUUUUUUUUGUUGGGCUCCCUAAUGAACAGGACCGUUGCUGCUCUUAUGAAUGACUAUCCAAAACAAAGCCGUGUUCCCCUGUAACGUUUGUGUGUCUACAAACGGCACUGACACAUGAACAAACAUGUAACCGAACUGUUAUACUGUGGAUCAGCACUCACUCAGUGACAGCUCCAUCUCUGCUCAACACACACACACACACACACACACAAUGUGUUCGAAAACAAUUUUGCCUUAAAGAAUCACUUUCGUGCCUCCAAAAUACCCCUCAAAGAUGAUUGGGUUGCAUGAUAAAACAUAAUGCUUCUGCCUUAGGAAGAAAAAUAAUAAUAAUUGUCUCAGAAGUUAAAAGCCAUUCACAAGGAGUAACAAUAGAUUCAUUUAUUUUAUAUGCUGAUUGUAUAGAAGAUGCCUUAAAAAAAAACAGGAGUAAAAUGGCACCACACUUCACCACUGCAGUCACCACACUUCACUGUUGGGUGAUAAUAAUGCUGCCAUCUAGUGGAGUAAGAGGACUUUCACCUUCCCACAAGGACGGAAAUUGGACAUGGACCUUGAGGGAAAUUCUUUCAGAACUCCUGUGGCAGUCUGGGAACAGUUUCAAUUCUUCAGGGAUACCCUUUAUGAACAAAGUUUUAGACAUUUUGUUUUAGAAAAACAACUCCUAAACAAGGGAUAAUCAAUCUUGUUUUGCAUUUGUAUGUAACUUCCCCCACAAUCCAUCUGAAAAUGUAUGUAACAAUUUGCAUGGUGUAUUACUGCAGAAGUAACUAGAGUAUCAGUCAAAAAACAUAAGGACAUGUCUAAAGGCACUUAAAUAUGCAGGUUUAUCAUUCAUUGUGUUUUCUUUUGUUUGUGUUUGUAUAUACUUUGGUUUAAUUUGAAUACUUUCAGUGACAUCAAAAGUUGGCUAUUUUGUCUUUAUAAUGUAUAUUAUACAUAAUGGGCUUGUUUCUCGGAUACAGAUUUAGCCUGGUUCUAAACGUUAAAGCGUGUUCAACGGACAUUCGCGAUCGAAAGUACUUAGUCCAAUAAGGAUUGCUACUCAGUAACUACUUGACACAUCUCACAAAUGACUGAAUUUCUUUGUUCUACGCCUACAAUCCCAAUAGUAACCAGGGCUCUGGUCAAAGUACUGCACUAUAUUGGGGGAUAGGGUGUGAUUCGGGAUGCUACCCAACAAUGACAAUCCCAAUGGUGACCCUGUAUGGCAUUGUGUAGUACUCUGAGCCCGACGCUAUAGUUGGCUAGCUGUCCCUUAUUAAUAGACGAUUGUUCAUAUGAAAUGGUAAAAAAACAAACAAAAAAACACUUUAUUUAGCUUUCAUGUUAGUUGAUCUUGUCAUUGGCACUUUGUUUCUUCUCAUUUUUGUCUUUGGUAUUUUCUUUAUUGCGUGCUAUUGUUUGUCAUCAGGACUAUAUACAAAUACGCUGGCAUAAUAAACGCUUCUAUUAUAUAUUUUUGUGUUGUAUUGAUGAGAUAUAGAAAAUAAUUUGUAUCAGAACAUCGAUUUCUUUAUUUUUCCUAUCUAAAAGACUUUUAAUGUAACCCAACUGUUUGUAUCAGCCGGACUGUGCCGGAACCAGUGAGUUAAAAUCAUGAUUCUAAUUCAAUGGCUGGAACUCUGCUCUGUCUGAACUGCCCAUAACUCACAAACCAACUAAGUUAUUGUUGCAUUGGUUUCAUGGAAAUCAAUGUUUUUUAUUAUUAUAAAUAUUUCAAAAUAUUAACAGUUGUUGUGAACAAGUAACAUAAUUGUAUAAGAAAAAUUAACAAUUUUAUGUAUGGAGAAGACAUUGUGAAAGUUGCUAUUAGUUAUUUGAAUUGUUCCUUCGCACAGAAUUGAACUAAUCAUUUCUGAAAUUGUCCUUUAUUGUACUGUACAUCUGUUCUAUAUGAAUAUAUUUACUUUUCCAUGCAUGUCCAAGUGGAACUACUAUGAACACUUACAGUGCUGCGGAUUUAAUUAAACAAAAGGACCUAAUGGA